AUACUUUACAGUGUACUCAGUGUAGAUUAAUUAUUAUUUAUUAUUAAAAUCGUAUUCUUGUCUAUGAUCGUUUUUUAUAAUAAAUUUUGAGUAUUUCGACUAAUGUUUAAAAAAAAACAGGGUCGUGGAACACUACUACACUAGUACAUCCUACGACCUACAUUGAUCUCGCGAGCGUCGAGCAUAAUAUAAUAAUUAUGUAUAGAUAUAAAUUGACCUUACGUCUUGUAUUUAUAUGACGUCCACGGUCGCCACUCGCCGGUCAAUGUCGAACCAAAAUAAUAAAAUAUUAGUGUUUACCAAUUUCUCCGCCUUUCCAUGUAUUCUACGUCGCCCGGAAUCCCUCCUUCUAAUACUCGAAGUAUUUACGUAUUUUUUUUUUCUUGCUCGAGUGAUCCUUACAUUCUCACAACACUGUUCAAAACUUCAAACACUUCGUCAACGAUGAAACUGUUUUUAACUGGUGCGUCGGGCCUAUUGGGAAGGUCUAUAUACGAACGCUUUUUGAACGAACCGGAUUGGACUGUAUGUGGAAUCUCGUUCAAAAGGACGAAUCCAGGAUUGACAAAAUUGGACUUGCUCAAUAAAGACGCAGUUACUAAUCUUCUUAAUACAGUUUGCCCUGACAUUAUUGUUCACUGUGCUGCUGAACGGUUUCCAGAUAAAGUAGAAAGUGAUCCUCAGGCUGCUUAUGAUCUAAAUGUUGGAGUAUCAGCUCAUUUAGCUGACAUAGCAAAUCACCUCAAUGUGCCAUUGUUGUAUAUCAGCACAGAUUAUGUGUUUAAUGGAGAUGAAAGUCCUUAUAAAGAAACUGAUGAACCUUCGCCCAUAAAUGAAUAUGGAAGAUUGAAAUUGCUUGGUGAAAAGGCAGUACUUGCUGCUAAUCGAAAUAAUAUCAUUCUCCGUAUUCCUGUACUAUAUGGACCAGUUGAAAGUUUAGAAGAAAGUGCAAUUACUUAUUUGUUAAUUGGAUUAAAAAAGUGUCAAAACAAUAAUGAAUUAUUUAAAGUCUCUAAUUAUGAACUUCGUAAUCCAGCAAGUGUUCAUGAUAUAGCGCACAUUGUAUUUCAUUUAGUGGCAAAAAAAAUUGGAUCUACUAAUAAUAUCAGUGGUAUUUAUCACUGGUGUGGAAAAGAAACAUAUACAAAGUAUGAUAUGGUGGCCAAGAUGGCUAAGAUUUUUGACAUGAGUAUGAACCAAGUAGUUCCAGUAAAUGGACAAGGUGGAGUAAAACGACCAUUUAAUACUUUAUUAGAUGUUUCACGCAUAAAUCAAUUAGGAAUUGGAACACAUACUAACUUUGAAGAUGGAAUAAAAUCUGUAUUAGCCAAUUGGGUUGUUAAGUAGUCGUUUUUUCAAUAAAACAAAUGUCAUACAAUUUGUUCAUAUUAUAAUAAAAUACACUUAAUAUAAACUGUUUAAUUUGUCA